AAGGGCCUUCUCGCUUUUCUUCCCUCCUUUCUCGCAGGCUGGUUCCAAAACUCUUCUACGGUUGCGAUGGAGGGCAGGCUGACCCAGUCGUAGCCCUGGCGAAGGAGCAGAGCAGCGUCUACCUGAAACUCUUGAUGCACGAAACGCCACCAGCUUCCCAGUUUGCCGUGAGCACCAUCACCAGAACAUACAGAGGAUACAACCUGAUGCAAGGCCCAGCAGAUGUCAUGGUGGAGAACAAUCUUUCCAGAGUGAUCUCGGCGGUGUCCCACGCCUUGACAACAUCCCCUUCGCGGUCUCUGACAUUUGGCUGCUGCGAAGCGUUGUGUGUUUUGUCCUCGUCGUUCCCGGUUUGCACCUGGAACGUGGGAUGGCAUUGUGGUUUUUCUCUCCUGGGAGGCGUGGAGGAGCCUCAGGAGAAGAGCACAGUUGGGAUGGUGGGCUUGCUGCUGUCUCUGCUUUCCUCCGUUUCGUUCCCUAUGGAUCUCUCUGCUCACCAAGAUGCUUUGCUCCUGGCUGGGAACUUGCUGGCAGCCAGCGCCUCCAAAUCUCUGCAAAACCCCUGGACGCACAGUGAGGACGAAGCGAGCGUUGCGCCCGCUAAGCAGGAGGACUCGUGGGCGGCCCUGGCUGACCAGACGCUGGCCCUGAUGGUGGACCACCUCUUUUCCCAUUUGCUGAAGGUCAUCAACAUUUGCUCCCACAUCCUGGACGAUGCCGUUCCCGGCCCGACACUAAAGGCCACGUUACCGUCUCUAACCAACCCACCUUCGCUGAGUCCAAUCCGUCGCAAAGGGAAAGAGAAAGAUGUUGCAGAACAAGCCACGGUAGCCAUAAGCCCUAAAAAGACGAGUGAAAACAGCCCAGCUCCCAGGCAGAGUGACAUUUCCAGCUCAGCUCCUCCAAGUAAAUCGUCCUCCACGUUGGGUAAUUUCUAUCAUCUCCCGUCGUAUCUCAAGCUCUACGACGUUCUGAAGGCCACCUACGCCAACUACAAGGUCACACUCGAUCUCCAAAACGUCAAUGAAAAGUUUGGUGCCUUCCUGAGAUCAGCGUUGGACGUUCUCUCUCAGAUCUUAGAACUGGCAACUCUACAAGACAUUGGAAAGUAUGUGGAAGAAAUUCUGUGUUACCUGAAAUCCUGUUUCAACAAAGAGCCGGUCAUGGCGACGGUGUGCGUUCAGCAGUUACUGAAGACCUUGUUUGGCACCAACCUGGCCUCUCAGUUUGACAGCUGGUCUUCCAACUCUUGCCGAGCUCAAGGCAAAUGCCAGCACUUGGGCUCCUCCAACUUAAGGCCGGGCCUUUACCACUGCUGCUUCAUGGCUCCCUACACCCAGUUCACCCAGGCCCUCGCCGAUGCCAGUUUGCGGAAUAUGAUGCAGGCCGAGCAGGAACGGGACACCUCGGGCUGGUUUGACAUACUGCAAAAGGUUUCCACGCAACUGAAAACUGGCACCACAAAUAUGGCCAAGCACCGGGCUGACAAGAAUAUCAUCCACAACCACAUCCGUCUCUUUGAACCGCUUGUCAUCAAAGCGCUCAAGCAGUACACCACCACCACGUCGGUGCAACUGCAGCGACAAGUCUUGGAUCUUCUCGCUCAGCUCGUUCAACUGCGGGUCAACUACUGUCUCCUGGACUCUGACCAAGUGCUGGAGAUGUUUAUCCUGGUGCUGCAACAGUGUCACCGAGAGAACGAGGAGAAGUGGAAGAGGCUGUCGCGACAGGUAGCAGACAUCAUCCUGCCAAUGCUGGCCAAACAACAGAUGCAGAUCGAUUCCCACGAAGCUCUGGGGAUACUGAACACUCUGUUUGAGAUCCUGGCCCCCUCCGCCCUGCGCCCCGUGGACAUGCUCUUGCGAAGCAUGUUCGUCACGCCCAGCACGAUGGCGUCCGUGAGCACCGUCCAGUUAUGGGUCUCCGGCAUUCUGGCCAUUCUGCGGGUCUUGAUUUCCCAGUCCACGGAAGACAUCGUCCUUUCCCGCAUCCAGGAGCUCUCCUUUUCCCCCCGGCUCAUCUCCUGCCAGGCGAUUCACCGGCUGAGGAACGGGGGAAACAACGUUCCCGGAGCGCAGGAGACCCCCCCGGAGGAGCACGAGCGCUUCCUGCCCGAAGAGACCUUUUCCAGAUUCCUAAUGCAGCUGGUGGGAAUCCUCCUGGAAGACAUCACGAGCAAACAGUUGCACGUGGAGAUGAGCGAGCAGCAACACACGUUCUACUGCCAGGAACUGGGCACCCUUCUCAUCUGCUUAAUUCAUACCUUCAAAUCAGGAAUGUUCCGAAGAAUCACAGCUGCAGCUACCAAGCUUUUUACAGGGAACGGACCCCACGGUCUCCGUUUCUACACCCUGGAGAGAUUAAACGACCUCGUCAAGUCCAUGAUAGCCACCCACCCAUCGCUGGUCCUUCUCUGGUGUCAAAUCUUGCUGCUUGUGAACUACACCGACUCCUGCUGGUGGUCCAAAGUUCAUCAGACGCCCAAAAGGCAGACCCUAUCGAGUGCUAAAUUGCUCAGCCCUCAAGCCUGCGGGGGUCCCCGGGCAGAAGACGGGGGCGCCAAACUUAGCAUCUGCAACCGAGAGAUCGUGCGGAGGGGAUCCCUCAUCCUGUUUUGUGACUAUGUGUGCCAAAACCUGCACGACUCCGAGCACUUAACCUGGCUGACCGUGAAUCACGUCCAGGAACUGAUCAGUCUGUCUCAUGAACCCCCGGUCCAGGAUUUUAUAAGCGCCAUUCACAGAAACUCGGCCGCCAGCGGGCUUUUCAUCCAGGCUAUCCAGUCACGAUGUGAGAACUUCGCCUCUCCGACAGCGGUAAAGAAGACCCUGCAGUGCUUGGAGGGCAUCCAUCUGAGCCAGUCGGGGGCCGUGCUGGUCUUGUACGUGGACAAGCUUCUCUCCACUCCUUUCCGUGUGCUGGCCCACAUGGUGGACACCCUGGCCUGCCGUCGCGUGGAAAUGCUUUUAGCAGCGUCUGUGCAGAACAGUACGGCUCAGUUGCCAGUUGAGGAGCUGGACCGAAUACAGGAAUAUCUUCAGAACACUGGACUAGCCCACCGACAUCAAAGACUCUACUCCCUGUUGGAUCGGUUUCGUCUAACGGUGGCUCCGGAAACCAUUAGCCCCUCACCUUUGGUUACGGCACAUCCCCUGGAUGGGGGGAACCAUCCCGCUCUAGAAACUUUAAUUCCAGACAAAGAUUGGUACUGUUCGCUGGUGAGGUCCCAGUGCUACACAAAAUCAGCUUUCGGUCUGCCAGAAGGUGCCGAAUUGAUGAAUCGGCUUCCUGAGCAAGAACUGGUUCCCUUUAUGAUGCACCAGGAUUUCAACAUCGGCCUCCUGGCCCCGUGUUUGAGCCUGGCAGGGCAGGAAGUCUCCCGAGGGCUGAGGAGCCAUUUCGAAGCCGCCCGCCUGGUCACGCUGCACCAGGUGACGGAAGUGGUGCGCAAGCUGCCCGCCAACCACCAGGUCUUCCAGCCGAUGCGGCCGAUGGGAUCCUCCCCGUACUGGAACAAACUCGGCAAUAUUUAUGGAGACCCAGAAACCUUUCAGUUCACCAUGGUUCUAGCGCAGGCUUUAAGUCAGUAUCUGGUGUUGCUUUCCAAACUUCCAGCUUCUCUUCGCAUUCCCCGCGAGAAGGAAAGUGACAUUGUGAAGUUUGUGGUAAUGCUGCUAGAGAUCCUGUCUUGGCACUUAAUAUGCAAGCAGGUCCCCCUAAGUAUUGAUCUCCAGGCAGUGCUGGAUUGCUGUUGCCUGGCAUUGCAACAGACUGAGCUGUGGAGUCUCUGGGCAUCUGCAGAGUACACCAGCCAUUCCUCCUCGUUAAUCCAUUGCACCCGAUUCAUCCUGGAAGCAGUGGCAAUUGAGCCGGGAAAUCGCCUGCUGAGUCCAGAUAAAGGGAAGACGAUCCAGAAGGCCGCCAGCGAGAAUGAUGGAAGGGGUUCACAAACACCAAAUUCCGAGUAUAUUACAGCCACUUGCGAAGUGGUGGCAGAGUUGGUGGAAUGCCUGCAGUCCGUCCUGGCUCUGGGGCACAAGGAGAACCGCCCCAUCCCUGCCUUCCUGACCCCCGUUCUGAAGAACAUCAUCGUCAGCCUCUCUCGGCUGCCCUUAGUCAACAGCUACGCGCGGAUUCCCCUCCUGGUCUGGAGGUUGGGCUGGUCCCCAAAGCCGACGGGCGAAUUCAGCACGACCUUUCCGGAAAUCCCUGUAGAGUUUCUUCAAGAGCGAGAAAUCUUCAAGGAAUUCAUCUAUCGAAUUAACACCCUGGGGUGGACAAACCGCAUGCAGUUUGAGGAGACCUGGGCCACCCUCCUGGGUGUCCUUGUGACCCAGCCGAUCGUCAUGGACCCGGAGGACAACCAGCAAGAGGAAGACAUGGAAAGGACCCAGAUAAACGUCCUGGCUGUUCAGGCGAUCACUUCCUUGGUGCUGAGCGCAAUGACCAUCCCGCUGGCCGGCAAUCCGGCCGUCAGCUGUUUGGAGCAGCAGCCUCGAAACAAGACCUUGAAAGCUCUGGACACCAGGUUUGGGAGAAAACUGAACAUUAUCCGAGGAACCAUCGAGCAAGAGAUUCAGGAGCUGGCAUCUAAGAGAGACAACGUUGCUUGCCACCAUUUGUACCAGGUGUGGGACCCUGUUCCAUCCCUGGCCCCCUCUACUACAGGCGCCCUCAUUAGCCACGAAAAACUGCUGCUGCAAAUCAAUACGGAACGUGAAAUGGGGAACAUGGGGUACAAACUAGGACAGGUCUCCAUCCAUUCUGUGUGGCUGGGAAAUAGCAUCACGCCGUUGCGGGAGGAAGAGUGGGGUGACGAUGAAGAUGACGAGAGUGACCUGCCUGCCCUUUCUUCGCCCCCCUCCUCCCCCAUAAAUUCCAGGAAGCACCGCGCCGGGGUGGACAUCCAUUCGUGUUCUCAGUUCCUGCUGGAAUUGUACAGCCAGUGGAUUCUCCCAUCCAGCCCGAGCAAGAGGACGCCGGUCACCCUGAUCAGCGAAGUGGUCCGAUCCGUAAGCUUUCCGCCUUUCCGUUCCCGUAAAUCGCGCCUCGGAACUGAUAAAGCUGUGGCCGAGCCGGUCAGCCGCCUGCUGGAAUCCACGCUCCGUAGCGCGCACAUGCCCAGCCGAAUUGGGGCGCUGCACGGCAUCCUCUACAUUUUGGAGUGCGACCUCCUGGACGACACGGCGAAGCAGCUCGUUCCGGUCAUCACCGAGUACCUGCUGUCCAAUCUGCGAGGAGUUGCCCACUGUGUGAACCUCCACAACCAGCAGCAUAUCUUGGUCAUGUGCGCCGUGGCCUUCUACUUAAUCGAAAACUACCCCGCUGACGUCGGGCCCGAAUUCUCUUCAGGAAUCAUUCAGAUGUGCGGAGUGAUGCUGUCUGAAAACGAGGGAUCUACUCCGUCGUUGAUCUUCCACUGUGUGCUCAGAGGUCUGGAAAGGCUUCUCCUUUCGGAGCAGCUGUCUCAGCUGGACUGUGAAGCCCUGGUCAAGCUGAGCGUGGACCGCGUGAACGUCCUCAGUCCCCACAGAGCCAUGGCGGCCUUGGGGCUCAUGCUGAGCUGCAUGUACACAGGAAAAGAGAAAGUCAGUCCCGGACGAAGCGCAGAUCACCACCCGGCAGCUCCGGACAGCGAAUCGGUCAUCGUGGCGAUGGAGCGAGUGUCUGUCCUCUUUGACCGGGUCAGGAAAGGCUUCCCCUUUGAGGCCCGGGUGGUCACUCGGAUCCUCCCCCAGUUUCUGGAUGACUUUUUCCCCCCGCAAGACGUGAUGAAUAAAGUGAUUGGAGAAUUUUUAUCCAACCAGCAACCCUACCCACAAUUCAUGGCGAAAGUACUCUACAAGGUCUUCCAGACGUUGCACACGACCGGUCAGUCCUCCAUGGUCCGGGACUGGGUGAUGCUGUCGCUCUCCAACUUUACGCAGCGCACGCCGAUCGCCAUGGCGAUGUGGAGCCUCUCCUGUUUUUUUGUCAGCGCUUCCACCAGCCAGUGGAUUUCGGGGAUUCUCCCACACAUUAUCAGCAGAAUGGGGAAAUCGGAGCAAAUAGACGUCAAUUUGUUCUGCCUGGUGGCCAUAGAUUUUUAUAGGCAUCAGAUAGACGAAGAACUGGACCGCCGAGCCUUCCAGUCGAUCUUUGAAGUGGUCUCCUCGCCGGGGAAUCCGUAUCACCGCCUGCUGACCUGCUUGCAAAGCGUACACAAGAUCACCCCGUGUUGAAAGAGGGCCGAGGAAGCACGGGAAGGGACUGGGAAGUUGAACGCGUGUGUGUCUUACGCAACGGAGGUCCUUGGCAAACCCUUUGCCUGGUUUUAUUUAAUUUUCCCAACCCCAAAACGGCAACCGACGUAAUCGAGAUGAAACACGGUGGCUGGGCCAAGCGACACAAAGCACGGUUUUUGUGAAGCAAAACGACACCUAAGUAAGCUACGGACAAAAUAUUGACGCGAAGCAAACAGCUCAUCUUGGCUUAAAUUUGUAUAUUGUUAAUUCUGAACCUCGUGAAUUCUGCAGUAUCGGCUCACAGACAUUUAAAAAGCCUUUAGUUUCAUCUAGCUGCAAGUGUCCUGUUGCGAUUUGUAGUUAUUUCCUAAGGUGACAAGAGAGAAAAGGGGAAAAAAACACACACUGAAUAUAUAUAUAUAUAUAUUAUGCACACUCCAACAUAUUUUGGUCUAUAAGAGUGGGGAAAUGAGACAUACGACAAUAUACUUCCUUUUAUACCUCUAGAUUUAAAAGUUGGAUCAAUAUCUCGGUUUUAAAAACAGCCAAUGUAAAUAGUUCUAAACGGUGUAUAGUACGUUAAGACACGGGAACGGAGUGAGGCUGGGAAGCACUUAAAACGAUUAAAAGCAAGAUUUUUGCCACGUACAGUAUGUUGAAUAGUUCGUGACCGUUUCCUAUCGUGCGUUCCUUAGGCCUAUUUUUUUACAUGCACUCCCGCGUCACCUUUUAAAACUC